AUGCAACCUUUGGUGGAAAAAUCUGGUCGUGUUAUUCAUCUGAAUUUCGUAAGUGGCUGCGCAAUAGCCAUGCUUAUACUUGGUUUCCUCUAAAUAAUUUUACCCUGCUCCUGUUAACUUUUUUUUUUAUCACGCAUGCAUGGCUCAGACACGAAAAGUUAUACCUCCUCCUCCUCCUUAUAAAAUUUCUAUAUAACAUUUCUAAAUUAUGCAUGGUCAAUUGCACUUACCAUCAGAUAUUACGCUUAUUAAUUACUUACUUAGCCUAGACUGUUAUACCUUUACAACAAUUGUGAUAUUACUUUCUUAACUAUGUAUAUCCUAACCCACCCUAUCAACUUUCCCUGUGGGAGGAAACUGGAGCACUCGGAAAAAAACCCACGGACUUUCAGCAGAGCGCCGGACUGACUCUUUUUGCGUGAGUGCAUGCGUAGCGGGAAACGAACCCAUGAACUCCGAGGUGAAAGGUGCUUGCUCUGAUGCCGCAGCUUUCGUAUAGAUAUAUUGAUAAUUUAUCUUUUAUGUUUUCAAAAACAUCUCGUAAUAAUCUGACAUAAUUUCGAUCCGCAAGUUCGGAAAACUAAGAUUAAUAUGAUUAAUAUCAUUGGGGCAACUGAUGUUGAUAAUCAAGGUCUGAACCGAACAACAAACACAGAAAGCAACUAGUUUUUCAUUUUCAAAUUGUGUGCGAGCUUAUUAAGAAAUUGGCCAAUUAAGGCCUCUUCGCCCGGAUCAUUCUCACAUAUUUUUCUUGCAUGUAUACGUAUAUCACAAAAACAUAGAACUUCAAUCAAUAGAACGUCGCGCUAUAAGAACGUUCGUUCAUUUACCUUGCAUUAUAUAGAAAAAUAAAUUAAUAGUUCUUUGAAUACAAUUGUAAAAAUAUUUUCAUUUUUCAUGAAGUGAAAGAUAGAAAUUUCAACUCCACGAGCUAAGAUACGAUAACAGAGUUUCGACUAACUAAUUAAAUUCAAUGAACACCAAAAGGUACAAUAGGAAAUACGUAUAUAUAGUACAAGACUCUACGACUAAACCGUGUUCAUGUGUAUCACGUGAUCAUAAAUAUGUCUUUAGAUAUUUUAAAUAUGUCUUGUUCCUCUUUACUUUUAGCCGUGCGACGCGACAAGAGCAAGUGCCUCGAAUUUUGGUGACGUAUUGAGCAAGCCAUUCAAAAUAGAUGAAGCUGUAGUGAAAAAGAUAGAAAUCUCCAAAGAAUUUGAGGUAACAACGUGAUAAUCAUAUUCAUGCUAACACUACUUACUCUACUUUCAUGAACAUAUCAUCAUACUGUACUAUCGAACAAUAGGUUCUAUUGGGAUACAAAAUAAUGUUAACCACUCUUCGAUAACCAGUCUCAUUGCCUUAGCUGGAAUUUACUUUUGUUCAUAGCAACUCAAUGGCAAUAAGAAUAUUCUCCCUUUUGCUGUCCGUUAUAUGUAUUCUGGCCUAUGCAAUCAGGGAUGUUGGAAGUUGCUAAGGGCAACGGGUGCGAUUUGUUAUCAAAAGGGCAUAUUUUUAACAAAAGGACACAAACUAAAAUCAACCAACUUAUAGACAAGCAAAUCAAUGCGGACACAGGGAAUUUACGUGUGUAAUCUGUUCGUGUUAAAGGUUAAAUCUUGUGCACCCGCAUUCCAGCCUGAAAGUUGUGAAUACCAAAAAAAAAGGGUACGUACACUUACACCCGCUGCACCCGUUGUUCCGGCAUGCCUGUCUGAAAGGAUGGCGGUUUAAAUAUACAACGGAUUACAAAAAGCAUUCUCGGAUGUGUUGAUCUCAUGCAUUCGCCCAUAAAAUGGCCGCCAGUGUGAAUUUGGGGCCGCACUACCAUGGAGUGAGAGUUAUCCUUAAUGUUAAACGCAAUGACAGUUGAACAUUUUAUGUAUCACAAUAACAAUACUAUAAUUGUUCCAAAUGUUUAGGAACGAACUUUCCCUAAAUCUCAUGUUAAUAGUAUAUUUUGUGUUCAAUAUAUAGACCACAGUAAGACUUUUUUAAAUGUUUAUUUCGUUAACAAACGACUUUUUAGAGAUUUACUCCAUUUUCUAUUGAACAUUACCCCUUCGACAAAUACUGCAAAACACCAGACACAAAAUUUCAACAUCUAGAAUCAUCCCUGCAACACUUGAAAUACGAAGUAAAGAAAGUAAUCAAUAAACACAAGUCACGUUCUGUUCCUACCAACCUCACCAGAAACCAAAGAGAAACCCUGUCCGAAUUGACCACACUUAAGAAAGUCCGAGAAGUUAGAAUAUCGGUGAGCGAUAAAGGUGGCGAAUUCGUGGUAAUGAACAGUAAUCUAGAUAACACAUUAAUGGAGAAACACCUUGGAAAUGAAUCACUUUACCGACCAUGCCAUGAUUUAACGAAGAAAGCUGAAGAGGAGAUCAACGAAGUUUGGGGCUACGUUACAAAAAAGAAUCGUGUUAACGAAAGAUCCAUUGGAAGAUUAAAAACGACCCACAGUGUUUGUCCUGUUAUCUAUCUACAUACUAACCAAAACUCAUAAAUUCCAGAACAAUAUACCGAGUUCUAACCCUGAUGACAUCAAAGUACGACCAAUAAUCUCUGGUUGUGGUGGUCCUGCCAAUAAAGUCUCCUGGCUCAUACAAAUGAUAUGCAACCCUCUCCUGCAGUUCAUGAAAGCACAUCUUAGAAGCACUCAACACCUAUUGAAUAACCUACGGAGCAUUGAGAAUGGAGAGCUGAAGAACAAGCUCCUGUUCAGCUUAGAUGAGGUUUCCUUGUAUCCAAGGGUAGAUAACGACGCAGCAAUUGAUACCUUACGUUUAUAUCUAAAGAAAGAAACGAACAACAUCCCACUUUAUCAAUUUUCGGUAUCUGACAUCAUUCUACUCACCAAAGCUAUUUUCGAAAAGAACUGCCUCUCUUGGAAACGAUCUUAUUAUCAACAACGUCGAGGUCUGGCUAUGGGAAACCGGUUAGCCCCAAUAUUCGCUAUACUCUUCAUGGACAGAAUAGAAAACCUAGCAAUCUAUUCCGACCAAGCUCUGUCCCUUCCCUUGUAUUAUCGAUAUAUUGAUGAUUGUAUUACACCUGCUAGCGGUCCAGAUGUAGCUGUAAAGAUCCAAGACAAGCUUAACUCACAACACCCAUCAAUACGAUUCGAAAUCGAGUUACCAGGCGAAGAUGGAUUCCUCCCAUUCCUCAACACAAAAGUCAAGGUAAAUGAAUCUGGAACAGUGGAGACGGGAUGGCAUACAAAAUCGGCAAACAAAGGAAUAAUGUUGAAUGCAAAAUCACAGCACCCAGAACAAAUCAAACGGGUUGCUAUCGGUAAUACCAUCAAGACAUAUACUUCCAUAUGUUCAACCGACGCCUUGUUUAAAGAAGCUGAACCGAAAUUUGAAAGAAGAGCGAGACGAAACGGCUAUAGCAACAACUAUAUAAAAAAGUCCACACAACAAAACGAAAACUGCCAAAAUCGAAAGUCGAACCUCUUCCCACAUUCACAAUUCCAUUCAUUUCCUGAAGCUUUACCACCGACAUCCAAAGAGCGGUCCAGAGUUCAAACCUCAAUGUCAGAAUAGUUGAAAGACCACGAAGCUGAUUUAAACAACUCCUCGUUGAAUCGCGACCUUACGAUAAAGUAUGCACAGACACCUCUAAAUGCCCAAUCUGCAGCAACUCAAAUGCUCCCGUUCGGUGUACACAGAAAGAUGUCUUGUAUCAAAUCAACUGUGACCUUUUCGAUACCAAGAACAUUUUCGUUCCGCAGCAAACCCGAAAGCAAAGUCUUAUAAAAACAUGGCUUUCUCGAAACACUAUCUCGACCAACAUUACGGACAAAAACCUAAACUGUCUGUUAAGAUUUUAAAACGAACAAAAGGAUCUGUAGAACGGAAAAUUACCGACGCAUUAUUCAUCCAAAAGCUCAAUCCAGACUUGAAUGGAAUAUACGAACUGUUAAAUGCCUUAGAUUUGGUAGUUUAAACAUUAAAGACACGCGCACGUAAUUUAUAUGCUUACGCAAUUUCGCACGCGCGAAUAACGGUCGCAAUUUAACGUUUUUGCAUGCGCAUGUUAGUUUAAAUUCAAAUUGUAAUCCUAACCAUAGAGAUUAUAAAUAACACUAGAGGAGGCAUUGUAAUCUUAAUUCAGUAAAAAAAAGGGAACGCGACUAUUGGGGGCAAAUUCAAGUCCCGGAUGUGUAUUCGUGUUCCCAUCCAGGUGAUCUCGUGUUCGUAUUUUAGCCAAUCAGCGCUCAGAAAGGGUUGUCCGAAUAGAAAUCCAUUUUGAUGUAUUCAGUCAAUUAUAUCUUUCGUUAUUCUUUAUGAAACUAGUUGAAAUUUUGUAAUUAUGUUUGGUUAUGAGAACUAUAGCUCUGACAAAGAAAUGGAAUCGAAAUAAAGUAUAUUACAGGAGAUAUUCAGUUGUUUUAAUCAUAAAAUGGAUUUCUACUUGACAACUAGUGCCAAUACUUUUCCGCGUAUCAAGAUCAUCUGGAUUGGUGACGAGUUUCAAAUCAGCCAAUGAGAGCACGAUUUUAUAUCUGUGAUUUAAAUUUGCCCCCAAUUAGCUGUGUUCCCAAUUUUUAAACUCGAUGCCUCCUCUAGUGUUAUUUAUAAUCUCUAUGAUCCUAACUACCUGAAGAUGGAGUAAAUCUCCGAAAUAUCGUUUGCUAAUGAAACAAGCAUUUAAAAAAGUCUUACUGUGGUCUAUAUAUUGAACACAAAAAAUACUAUAAUUACUAGGGCAAUGCCGAAAGAACCGAUCAGGUUGAUGAUGGAUCUCUGUACAAGAAAACAGAUGACCUAGCUGUAUCACCAACUUCUUGUACCCCCACGAUAACUUCUUUUCAAGAAAUCAAGCGUUCAGAUGAUGCAUUCUGGGAGUUUCCUAGAGAUAGAAUUGUAUUUCUCAGAAACAUUGGUGAAGAAACAUUCGGUUCCGUAAACAAGGCAAAGAUUUUACCCCUACAUUCCAUGAAUCUUAUGAACGGUGGAAUUGUAGCAAUUAAGACACUUAAAGGUACACUAAUAGUAUUCGUAAAACUAGAAAUACAUGCAUGCAGCAACCCCUCGCAUCUAUUUUCAAACAUUGAUUUAACAUGAAGUAUGAUUAUUGCUUUUAACUAUAUAACAAUGAAUUUCCGAAAGAUAUACUGUAGGUAUGUUGUUCUGCAUUUUGUGAGCUUUGAUUUAAUGGAAAAUGUAACCUGAAUUGCUUCGUAAAAUGUUUUGAAAUGUUCAUUUUAGUAUUAAACUAUAAACUGCUUUUUCCGAUAAACAGUUUUUACUUUAUAAAGCAAAAUAAGUUCAAAUUUUUGAGUAGUUUCAAUUCAGUUUGUUUUCAAAUUAAUUUGCUCUCCUUUCUUAAAUUACACAGGGUAAUUUGGCAAACUUUAAUACAGCUUCAUUGAAUGCAGUGCAUGUUUUGCGCAAUAAAUUAAAGCAACAAAAUUCAUAAACAUUAAACAUUCAAAGCAAACUUGCUCUAUAUUCCACGAUUUUCCACAGCAAAUCAAUUCUUCUCAUCAUUUCUUCAAACAAAAAUUGCUUCAAAGCUUAUUGUGUGAAACGUGAUUUUCCAAAUAUAUGCUUUUGAAAAUUGAAAUCUUGUUUAUCCCACUCCUGGCAAAUAUCUAUAUUUUUGAGAUCAGUGAGGAUGACGACCAACCACGGUUGGUGACCCACGCCCGCGAUCAUUGACGAACUUUGGACUUCACUAAUGCUUCCCAUCCCCCCGGUGUAGAUAUCCGGGCGGAAUUAGUACCCUCGCCGUUAAGGUUGAUUUUUGUUAAAUUUUUAAUUAUCAUGAAGAUUUUCGAACUAUUUAGAAUUCUAGUACACCUUUCAAUGUUUGUUCUAGCACACAAAGGAACACAUAAAUUAUUUUACGAAACAAAAUUUUGUUUCUAUGUGUUUUUAUUUAGAGAACAGUACAUUAAAGGACCGUAACGAUUUUCUAAAUGAAUUAAAGUUGAUGAAGAAACUGGAGCCACACCCUCAUGUUGCACAACUUCUGGGUUGUUGUACAGUUACAGGUAUUGUACAAGAGCUAAAGGGGCUCGUUUAUUUCGGUCGUGCCUGAUUUUGGAAUGACUUACGUCUAUUCCAGUUCAAUGCGUCUGCAUGCAGACGCUUUUAAUUGUCGUAACAGUAAGAAUAUUUAGAGGGACACGAUCCUUUUCAGUAUGAGUCUUGGAAUAACAAUAAACAUUAAGUAAAAUGGAUCGGUAAACGAGUAAAUACGACUACCACAUAGGUAAUUCUGGCACCGCAGUUUUUGUUCGAAAUCUAGACAAUAUUUCUCCCAUGCCAACUCUUAUAGGAAAUUAUGCUUCUUCAAAUUACAAAAUUUGAAAUUUGUUGUUUUGGAGCUAAACUUUUGCUUUCCUCCAGCUCAAUUUUACCUUUCGUUACGUAUUUUGAAUGCGCAAUGAGCUUCGAUCUGUAUAUGACACCGCAGAUCGAAAUUUCAAUGGUGGGUUAUGUAUAUUUGUGUGAAAUAAAAAGUACGUAAACAAACCACGCUCAUGAGCAGAGUGGACUUGAUUGCAAUGAUCAACGUGCUCCCGUAAAUACAGUACUAAAACGUGUUUAAUGCGACACAAAUAUCUUAAACUUAUGAUUUAGAACCAUAUCUCUUGAUAUUGGAGUAUUUAGUCGGUGGAGAUCUGUUGGGUUAUCUGAGGAAAUCUCGCGGAUGUGAAGAUUCCUAUAACACUGGAGAGUAUGCUCCAACAUCAAGAUUGAGUGAGAAAAAUUUACUAUCGUUCGCCUGGAUGAUAGCUGAUGGUAUGGCUUACCUCGCCGAAAAUGAGGUAUUCCAAUUAGCGUUGCCAUGAUGGCAAAAAAAUUUUCGGGUUGAUAACAAAGGUUAACUACACAGAAUUUUCGUAAGAUCUUUAUUGGCAGUAACUCUAUAACACAGAAUUUCCAUCAGGAAUUUGUCGAUGGGGGUAUCAUGACACGAAACUAUAUUGGAUGUUGUGAACAAGAAAUGUGUAACGUUCAGGCCCUUUUAUAGUGAAUUGGGGACCCACUCCCCGAAGAUGUUUGGAUUGUUAAGUCUCCAAAGCUUGAUUUUCUGCAAAUAUAUCUUUGAUAUAUUUCUUACGGAAGACAAAGUUUGAAAAUAGGAAUAUUAAAGCAUUCUUCUUAACGAAGUUGAUCUUCUUUUUGCUGCAUUAGACAGAAAGGACCUGCACCAGGUGGCCAUGGACAUAGUUUCCUGGAGAGGCCAACAUAUAGGACUGCGGUGUCUUAUCACUCCCACCCCACCUCCACGCUAUAAUACUGUAUCUUUAAAAAGGCCCUUAAUUGGCAUGACGUGUUGUUUGUUCGUUGUACAAGAGCUAUUAAAAAAUUUACUCUUGCAAGGAAUUAAUUGUAGUAUAACAUUGGAAUUAAAUGUAAUAUAUAUAAAUAUAUAUAAAUAUAUAUAGCUUAAGAUUUUGGUUUACGAAACACAAACAGUGCUCAAAACCAUAUAGAUAGAGCGUAAUAUAGCACCUGAUGAUUCCUAUACGGAUGAAACAGACUGUUGUGGUUUUUUGAGGAAAAACUAUAUAUAUUAUAUAUAUAUAUAUAUAUAUAUAUAUAUAUAUAUAUAUAUAUAUAUAUUAGUCUGGCAAUGUUGUAUGUGAAUGUUGUGGUUUCCCACGUUUACGAUUCCACAUAGCUGGCUUUACGCAUUGAAGGACUAACCUCCGAAAUGCAACUAACAUCAUAACUUAACAAGUCGUUCUUAGCUUGACCUUGUAGCUCAGACGGAAGAGUAUCGUUCUAGAAAUGCGAAGGUCGCAGGAUCGAAUCCCAGCCGCGGUCAAGUAGAAUUUUCUGCUUGCCCGGUUUGGUAUACAGUCGUCUGAAAACAACUCAAAAAACCACUAUAUAUAUAUAUAUAUAUAUAUAUAUAUAUAUAUAUAUAUAUAUAUAUAUAUAUAUAUAUAUAUAUAUAUAUAUAUAUAUAUAUAUAUAUAUAUAUAUAUAUAUAUAGUUUUUCCUCAAAAAACCACAACAGUCUGUUUCAUCGGUAUAGGAAUCAUCAGGUGGUAGACUACAGACCUUUUCGUGUAUAUAUAUAUAUAUAUUAGUUAUAAACCAACUUUCGAGGUUUAUAACUAGCUUAUAUCACAUUAUUUUGUGGAGGUUUUCUAACAUAUUUUGUCAUUAUCAAAAAAAUUUUAUGAAAAAUUCUCGCGUUUUGUCGAAAAGUUUGAUGUAAUUAUUUAUUCAAGGUAUAUUAGCUAGUUAUAAACCUCGGACGAUCAAAGAAAACCGACACAAAUGUGAUAUAAGUCAUGUAAUAUUACGUGAGAUACGAACGUUUGAAUGUGGCGCACGAUUUAAAAAUGAGUAAAAAAAUGAGAAACAUGGCUGAUCAAAUUUAUAUGAAAACAAAUUGCCAUUUUAAUUCUACAAAAAUUAACAAUUUCAAUUUUAGCAUUUCAACUCAACUUUACUGAUUUUGGGUAAUGUCCUAUAGUAUAAGUUAACCUUUCGUGUUUCUUGGGAAGCGAAAUAUCAACAUUUAAAAACGGUCGAAAGCAUAUUUGACGUCCUUUGGGAGUUCGUAUUAUAAAGUUUUCGUCGUUCGCCUUUCGAAUAUGCCUCGAUUAACAAAAGAUCAAAGAGUUUGGGUUUUAUGGCUUCCCGUGCAAGACAUUGUAUACGUGUAAGAGGAGUCGACAAACUUUCUAUGAUGAAUGAAUAAAUGUUUAUCCAACAAUUAUGUUUUCCAUUCGUUCUUUUGGCCACAAUAAAACUAUAUAAUCAAGUUUAAUUUAACCAAAUUAUAUUUGAUAGGCAAGUAUAUGCAAAUUUUUAACAUUGUCAAAUAUACUUAUUCGAUUUAAAACAUCGAUAGCUCAGUAAAUAUUUGCACGGAUAUUCCAAUGUUAUAUAUCAAAAUCAAGUUAGCCGUUUCUGAAUACAAUAUAACUUAUUUGAGUACAAUAGUUUUUAUCGUUUUUACGUUACAUUAAAUCAAACAGCGCAAGUUUUUUUUGGGACACCCGGAAUAUAUAUAUAUAGUAAUUCACGCGCGUUUGGCGAGAACAUUUGCGUAAUAAUUAUAUGUAUAGAUAUUACGAUUAUUUCAUGGCACAGCAAAGAAAGUCACUUUAAAAUGUACGAUAAUUUAGACAUAUUUAUAGUAACAACAUAAGGCUAUCAUCACCAACAUUAUACAACAUCACAAUCUCUUUUAACAGCUAUAUGCCCUAAGCUUUUUCAAUAAUAUCAAAGUAUUCUACUUAGUGCAUGAGAUAUAUAUUUUGGUAACCGGACGUAGUGUGCUAAUGGCUGCAUGCAUUCCCCGAGCUUGUUUAUAAGAUCAAUUAAAUUUACUAGAUAGUCCACCGCGACCUGGCAGCGAGAAAUGUGCUUGUUGGUGACGAAAAUAUUUGCAAAAUCUGUGAUUUUGGUAUGGCCAGAGCCGAAGGGAAAUAUGAGAGAAAAUCUCAGGUUUGUUAUAUAACAAUUGACAUAAAAUCAGUAUGUGUCUUAUUCGUGAAAAAAUACCUCUCUAACAUAGGCGUACCGGGCGGGGGGGGGGGACGGUAGCCCCCCAGUUUGUUGGGCAGUCGGGCAAUAUUCAAUCAACAGUCGGGCAAUUUUGUUGGGGUUUUUUUUAAAAAAUGGGACAAAUUCUGUCUAUUUAGUCGGAAAUUCAGUCAAUUUUGUGGUCAAUUUUGUGUUGUUUGGAAAAUUUGUGUGAUGUUUGGAAAAAUUUAGGUGUGUCCGGAAAUUUUUUUUUGACAAAAUUCUUACCGCCCCCUAAUUUUUUUCUUCCGGUACGCCCAUGCUCUCUAAUGUCAAUCAGGCAAUCUUUAUGCCAGGGUUUUAAAAAGUAUAGUACCAAAGUUAUCAUCAGCAGAAGCCCAACCCCAAGAAAAUAUAUUUGAGAGGACAUUUGAACUUAAACUGAUAACGCGCGUCUUACCUAGGCACGUCUUCCAGUCAAAUGGAUGGCUCCUGAAGAUUUAUUUCACGAAACCUGUACAAGCAUGAGUGACGUGUAAGUAAAUACAUUUACAUUUAAUUAAACUAAUUAAAAUUUUUUCAAAGAUUUUUAUUUAUAGCGCAACUGUUAUUGUUAAAUAUUCGAAAAGCGGGAGCCAUGUUCUUUUAAUAUUUUAACUACAGUAAUAUUGAAAAAGAAAAAGCUGACCUUGAUAUAUUAAACGACAAACGUCUAACAGAGCUACAAUAACGUCUGAGGAACACUUGCAUAAAAAGUCAAGAUUUGGGGGCAUCUCGCUCGAUAGAACUGAUUGAAUGUACACUAGAUAGGAUUUUUCUAAUGGAACUUUUGAACGUAAACUUGUAUACAACUCAUAAUUACAUGCAUGCUGAACCAGGACAUGAGGACCUAUAUAAAAUUGCAUUUUUCCGCCGCUGCUUCCGGUUAGGUCUAAAAAUUGUAUAUAAAUUUCCAUUUGGAAAUUUGUUCUACAAAAGUCCAAUCUACAUUCAGUUCCAUCAAAGCGAAAAUCUUCAAUAUUUACCCAUUUACCUAACUGGCACGCAUAUACAAGAACUUGUGGUUAAUCAACGGCGACUACCCUUUCUGAAAUCAACCUUGUUGAUUCAGAGCAGUCGAUGAAUUAAUAAUAAAAGCAGUUUAAAAGUACUAACGCUUUUGCAAUCUGAAAACCACAGGAUUCAAUCGCCCUUAAAUAUUUUGAGAUUAGUGCCAUUUUUUAGAUACUUCACAAUUUUUUUCAAGUGGUACUUUUACAUGACUUUUUCAGGCUUUGCGCUUAGCUAUAUAAACGGUGUUACCAUCUCUGAUAUGACGUAAUGGUUUUAUUUAUCAGCCUGUAUAUCAGGGUAAACAUUUUUUACUUUGCACAGGUGGUCUUAUGGAAUUGUACUUUGGGAGAUAUUUACCAUAGGUAGGAAGAUAACAAAAUUAUUGAUACGUUUUGCUUAUAACUACAUGGUGUAGAAUUUCAUACUUCCUCCCUUAAAAAUGUAAAUGAAAAUCACUUCUUUUUGUAUAAAUAACGCAGGGGAUUCUCCAUAUCCUGGUCACAAGGGAAAAGAAGUUGUCAAUUUACUUGAAACUGGCUAUAGAAUGCCCAAGCCGGAGCACUUGUCCAAUAACGUGUAAGUUCUCAUAAAUGUUCUAAAAAUUAAUGUUCAUUUGGUCGUUUUAAUUGACUGUUGUUGUUUUUUAUUCCGAUUGCUGUUUUCGUUGUUGUUCUAUUGGCAUGUUGUAAAAGACGGACUGGAUCGGACUGGACUGGACUGGACCGGGAAAACGCGGACUGAGUCCGUGUUUUACAAAUCGCGGACUGAAAUUGUAGAACACGGACUGGACUGGACCGAGAAAACGCGGGCUGUUUUUACCGAGAAAGUUCAAUGUUUGUGAUGAUCAUGAUCAUUUGGUGGUUUCAAAGAUUGGAUCCGGUUGUUCAACAGAUUAAAAUCAAAUCAAAACCCGUCAAGUGCUCUUGACAAACAUCGAAGAUUCUCACGCGAAUAGGCAAUGUUUUUUAUGAACGACCGUUCAUCCUGCAAGCGACGGGAAUUGCACUCAAUCGUGAGAGUUUUGGCGGGAAUUUGUAAUCGAAUAUACCUUUUAAAUUGUGUUAUUAAACGGUGAAACUCUCGCAGGCCAUCAAAACAUCAAAGGUAGUGUUGUGCAUAUAAAUUAACAAUAAAUUUAAAUUCCUUAACUUUUAGUGUUGUCGUACGGGGAAGUUUCCAAGAAUCGUUAUUCGAUUAUAGUAUACAUUUCAUAUUUCUCGCAAAUUUGUAGUAACCAUUUUACAGGGUUUGUUUUAAGAAAAAAUUAGAACUGCGCACAUAGGGAUGUUACGAAGGCAACGGGUGUUUGACUGGGGGGGUCAUAGGAUUUUUUACCUGCAUAUAGGUGACAGCAUAAUGGUGUGGUUGGGUGGGAGAAUUGGAGAAAGGCCAGACAAACUCGAUUUUGGGUGCGGGAGCUAGGGGUGUUCCCCAAAAUAAUUUGAAUAUAGAGCGGCUGUUAAGUUCUGGCAAAGAUUUGUUUUACCCAACCACUACAAACACUGUUUAAAAACAUGUAACUGGGAAUCAUAGAUAUUCAAUAUAUGCCAACCUUAAAUUUGCAUUUGAGGCAGCAAAGAAUAUUAGGUUCCCCUACUCUAAUCUCUUUUGGGGAGCUUUGCUCGCCCCAAGUUUACCUUCUUUUCCAUUACUCCAGCACGUAAGUGAUUUUUGUGGAAAAUAGGAGGGUCUGGAGUCCUCCCCCAGAAAUCGUUUAUAUUUUUGAUGCUCAUUUAAUGACAGCAUUUCUGUAAUUUUCUGGAGCAUCCACAAGUGUCAGUAACGAGUAAAUGAGAAGACUGUUUUAAUUAAGGCUAUUUUUGUUAGUUUGGUGACUGCACAUUUGUGUUUUAAGAAAUGCACAAAUGGGUUUAGUUACUGCACAUUUUGUGUAGAACUGCACGUUAAAAUAAAUUUAACCCUGCCAUUUUAAUACGCUCAUCUCGCCACGAACACAAAAUAACAAUUUAACUCUAGUUUCGUCUAAUUAUGAUUAACUGCACUAAAUGCUAUCUGCUAUAAGAGCUAUAUCUAUACAGGAUACUCGACAAUAGCGGCACAAAGUCCCACAUGACUGAGCGUGUUCCUAAGAUUGAACGCUGUUCAUCUGCUUAUUCAAAACAAUUGAAACAAAUAAUAUAGUAAUUUGUACCAAUCUUAGCUCCAGGAUAUGAUUAUUCCUCGACCGACCUAUUAUCCGCAAUUCCCGCUAAAACUCUCACGAUUGAGUGCAAUUCCCGUCAAAACUCUCACGACUGAGUCAGUACUGGACUGAAUCCGUGUAUCGUCGCUUGCAUGCAGGAUGAACGGUCGUUCAUAAACUAACAGUGCCUAUUCGCGUGAGUAUCUUCGAUGUUUGUCAAGAGCACUUGACAGGUUUUGAUCUGAUUUUAAUCUGUUGAACAACCAGAUCCAAGCAAAGCCGGCGCGAGCCAACCACGGGCCCCGGGACAAAAUGGUGAUUGGUGAACACGAGCCCCCUGUCCCUCUCGACUCUCUCGCUGGCUAUUUUUAAUCGCAAUCAACGAGAGAAUUACCAGGGAAUUACUUGCAAGAAAUCGCCGCAUAACUGAUAAAAACGCAAUGUGAACGAUGUUCAGUUAACUGUCAGUUUUGCUGAGAAAACGAUCGAAAAAUCGUUUAUUUUACAUUUGUUAGGUUUUACGAUUGAUCACGACGAUCAGCGGAUAGUGUGCAAGUAGGCGUAUUUCAUUUAGGACAAACAUAUAGCGAUGAUAAACCAAACCGUCAUUUUACCGAGAUUUCCGGGCCUCUCUGAGCUAGGCUUCUACAGAUUAUGCUCAGCAACUUUUUGGCAACUUUUUGCAUUUGGAGCAACUUUUUCCAUUUGGAGCAACUUUUUAUGAUAUCAGCAACUUCAAGCAACUUCCUCCAGGAAAUGCAUAAUUUUUGGAAAUUUCUGGCAGUAUAGACCAUGUUGCUAAUUUUAUUUAUAUAGAAAGAUAAUGAAAUGCUUGAUAGCCUUGAAUCCCUUGAUCCAUAUUCUCUUCAAGCUCUUCUUCUUUGUCAUAUGAAAGAAUAGCACGACAAGGCUCCAAAAUAUUUUCCUUAUCCUUGGCCAUUUGACAAACUUUUUAGCUUACCAUUACUUCUACAGUAUGGGAGAUCCUAUGGCAGCUUAACAUAUUUGCAUGCAAACAUCCAUAACAACCCCCCAUAACUGCAAGUUACAUUAAUUUUCUAAUUGCUGGCAGCUCAGACCAGUUUGCAAGCUCAGUUUUUGACUGUUUAUCAAACCCAACAAUGGUGCAGUUUGAAAGUAUCACGAAAGUUCAUGUGCCUAUAUAAUAGUAAUACACUAUUAUAAAUACAUAUGAGAAAUAGAGUCCAUAGAUUAUUCAUAGCUGCAGUAUAUUCCAAACCGAAGAAAAGUUUACUGAAAAAUGCUGAGAAAUAAUUAGUUAUCUCAUUUUCGCGACCUGCUUUUACAGAAUAAGAUUAGAAUAGGAAUAUUAAUUGAAUUCAAUAGUAUUUCAGUAUAUCAUUCACAAAAUUGAAUAAAAUUUCGCUUGUAAACAAUUAAAAGCGAUUUGUUUAUGACCCCACAAUAUUUAUGAUGAACAAAAGGCGGUGAAAUGCUAAUGCUGGGAGAAUCGUCAUGUAUGUCUUGUUCGUUACGAGAAACGUUUGACAUUUUAGGAGCAACUUUUUCCAAUUUUCGAACAACUUUAUAGCAACUUAUUUAAUUUUCGAGCAACUUUUGAGCAACUUAUUCAAUUUUCGAGCAACUUUUGAGCAACUUUUCAGCAUUUUUAGAGCAUUUUUAGAAGCCUAUACUCAUUCUGAGCACUCCGGGCCCGGGUAUUUUGCUCCCCCCCCCUCCUGCUCCCCUCUCACCGGCCCUGGAUCCAAGUUUUGAAACCGCCAAAUGCUCGUGAUCAUCACAAACAUUGAACUUUCUCAGUAAAACAUUGAACUUUGUCAUGAGAAUUGACAAUGUUUUAUCUGCGACCGUUCAUCCUUAGUUACAAGCGACGGUAUUGAAUGAGUCCGCCUUUUACAAAUCGCAGCCCGCGAUUUGUAAAACACGGACUCAGUCCGCGUUUUCCCAGUCCAGUCCGUGUUUUACAAAUUCAUUCCGAGAUUUGUAACACACGGACUCAGUCCGCGUUUUCCCAGUCCAGUCCAGUCCGUCUUUUACAACAUACCUGUUGUAUUGAAUGUCUUUUCGUUGUUGUUGUGUUUAUAUCUUAUUGCGUAAAUGCAUAUUAAUUUAUAGCACAUCCCUGCGUUGCAUAAAUUGUCGUCGUCACAAUUAAUAAAUUAAAUAUUUAUAUUAUGUUAAUAAUCUGUUCCAACGUUUCCGUUCAUAUGUAUAGUUAUUCGAUAAUGCAGGAAUGUUGGAAUGAUGAACCAUUACUACGACCACAGUUUUCAGCCAUAGCAUCAUUCUUCAAGAAAAUGUCGGCUGGGAGUUCUAAGGUACAUGCAUGCAUGCAGGUUGUAUUUCAUUAUCAUUUUUUUCGUAUACAAUGGCGCCCACUUUGUGAAUAAAUUAUAUUAUUCCUUAUUCAAUAUGCAUGUGGAGUCAUGGUUUUUCAUGGCUCCACAGCCAUUAUUGACUUCUUGAAAUGUAAUUUAUCAAAAUCGGUAGAAUAUAUUUAUAAAGUGUAUUUAAUGCCUAUCUAGAGCAUAAUAAUUCUAGAUAGGUUGAAUAGACUUAUUAGCAGAAACUAUACUUUCCCGAUUGCGAUAAAUAACAACUAUUCGAGUGAAUGAUUCAAAAGCUGUUUUACUGCACGCAGCAAGUGUGCGGCAAAUGAGUACAUAUAUACACCCUUCCGAAAAGUGCUGAGUCUUGGCUAUAGAGCAUUGUUUUCGUGACUAAGGAGCUACUUUAUUCAAAACGAGGCCAUGUGUGUCUGAAACUUCUGGUAAUCGUCUUCAGUAUCACACUUAAUUAUAGCAUUCCAUCUCCUUGUACAACCUGUAGAACUUUUUAUAAUGAUUUGUGCGUAACGCAAAAGCAUACGAGAUAUCUCUUUGACAAACUUAGCUGCUUACGAGUUCAUCCAAUUAUAUAUGAGCUCAAAGAGAGCGAACAAUUUUUUGUAGGCAGGAACUCUUGCUAGUUGAGGGUCUCCCUGGGGGGUAUGUAUUGCCGGCAUGUUAACUUAAAAGGUUUCCUUUUUUUUCCGUCUUCCCAACAAAGAUUUCACCAUGUUCCUUUGUUGCGCAAGCGUACAUGUUCCCAGGUUCUAGAGUUUUGGGACCUGGUUUCCUUGUUCCCUAGGAAACCUGGGGAGACUCUCCUAGUUCAAACUACAAAACGACAAAAAAUAAAAAUGUAUAUAAUGCUUUAAUUUUCCAAUACCAAAAUUAUAUUAAUUCAACGUGUUUGUAAUCAUUUGUUCCGUAUUUUAAUGUUGCAAAUGGUCGACGCAUGUUAAUUAAUAUUCGUUACUCCGAGAUUAAGUUAUGAUAUGUAUAGGUUAUUUUGAGGCAACGAGGAGAUAUAUGAUUUAUUCACCAAUUAAGGCGCGCAGUGCCGAUCGAGGUGAAUAAACACAUAUCCCCGAGGUGCAUGCCUCAAAAUAACGUAUACUUAUUUUUCACAUUGCGAGGUCGCGUUAAUGAGUCAGAAUAGAAAUAUUUCUUAAUGCCAUAUUGCCUUCGUUGUGUUGUUUUUUCUCAUUUUUUGUGCUGCAAAGACAUUGCAGGUGAAUAUUAGAGGGAUUAUUAAACGGAAAUUGAUUAGAGGGGAAUAUUGAAUAUAUUCCCCGAUAAGAACAAAGGAAACCAAGCAGCGUGAAAAAUAAAGUACUAUAAUUUAUUUUGUUUUGGUCAAGAAAUAUUUGUUCUCAUGACCAUUAUUUUUAUAUGACAAUUGUGUUUAUUUUUUCCAGGAUCAUCUUGAUUUAAACAAAUUUGAAGAUCAUCAAUACGUGAAUUUUGACAUAGUUUGAUUGCUUCAAAUUUGGGAAAACGACGGCAUUGUUCUAUAUCAUACACAAGAAUGGUUGUAAUGUAUAUUAAUAUUCAUAAAAGAGAUGCUGUUAUAGGCCAGCUAUACGUGGCAAACUUGGUCCCAACUUUCAUCCAAGUUCGGGCAUAUAUCUGGUUAGGUAACAACUUUGCUAAGAAGAAGUGUAUAGUACAGAAGAAGUCUAUGUUUCAGAACGCCAACUGCUUUUCAUAAAAACAUAUAAAGAGAUACUUUCCAAAGAAAAACACGGAUAAUGUGGAACAAGGGGUGUUUUCAUAUAGUUUUCUAUGAAUACAUUAUAUUCUAUAAUUAUAUUACAUGCACUAAUUUCUCUUUGUUCCCUCGCACUCCACUGGAACGAACUAUUUGAAAUCCCUCAACAAAAAGUCUUCAUUUCAUGAUUUUUCACCUAUAACAUAAAGAUCAGUAUAUCCAUUUUUCGGGUGUGCUUCCUUGGCGUAUCUCAAACUCAUUAAUAAUUCAUGAAAAAUUAUCACACUGCUUUGUUUCAGUCACAUGAUAGUACUGGAUACCUGAUGAACAUUAGAGCGGGGCUGAAUGAAUAUAUAAUGAUUAAUUUUGAACCAGUUCAAGGACUGCAUCAAAAUUAAUUCAAUCCUAUAGAACUUGGUCAAAGCUAAUCGAUUGAGUGUAAAUUAAAAUUGUCUGACAUACACUACAUGAAAAUGUAAAUUAAACAACUACUGCAUUGCAAUCGAUAAAAACAAAGCAACUAUUCUAAUAUUAAUAUAAUAUGGCACUUAUUCACGUCAAAUGGAGUAAUAAAUUGCAAACACACAAGUUAAACAUGCGCCUUCUCAUGCACGCAACAAUUAUAUCAACAAUCCCUCUCAAUCCGGCAAAAACUGGAAACAGAAAUGAGAUAUAUACACUGUGUAACAAAAAAGUAUAGCCUUUCAAGUUCAAAAUAACGAUAAUUAUAAGUAAUUUGGUUGUUCUCAACUGCUUUGCGAAAACAUGUCUUAUUUACAAAAGAGAUCAAUUAUAACUUCAUUUUAAUGCUGCUUGUACUGUACAGGGUAUAUUUCAUUGAGUUGUUCGUACAUGUCCCAUAAGUAGAAAGUCUUUUGUUUUACGGCUCGCUAACUUGUUCGAAGCAAUUAUAAUAGCUUGUCAGAUGAAUUCAAUAGAAUACGGCGUUAUGCUUGAUUUAAAUUUGAAAGAUUAUACUUUUUUUAUACACACUGUACAUGCAGUGUGUAUAAAUCUGAACUCUUUCAAAUUCAAAUUAGCUAAUUUCAAAUUCAAAUUAGCUAGUAAUUUGACAGCUCAAAUUGCUUUGAAUUAAUGGUUGGGUAAGAACACAAGGCCUUGUACUCAUGGCACAAAACUCAAAGAAGUAAAAAUUAGAAUUCGAAAAUUUAAAAGAAAUACAGUAUUUCUUUUAAAUUUUCUAAUUUUUAUUUCUUUGAGUUUUGUCCCAUGAGUACAAGACCUUGUGUUCUUACUCAAUCAUUAAUUCAAAGCAAUUAGAGCUGUCAAAUUUCUACAAUACGUUAUAAUGAUUCAUUAAUUAUACAUUCUAAUGAUUCAUUCAAACGAUUAUAUGAUAUUGUACAGUAUUCAGUGGCAAGCCCGCCAUGGCAACUGGUCAUGCUAUGCUAAUAUAAACCUGAACAAUUUGAAUAAUGCAAAUCAUUAAAAGCUUCCACAGCAUUUAUAUUAUACAGGGUGUCCCAAAAAAAAGUGACACUAUAGAAAUUAUCUCAGUGUUCUUAAACCGCUCUUAAACGCGCAUGAUUACACUCCUGGAAAUUUAAUGAACUUGUAUUUACAUUUAAGCAUUUUAAAACGUUUUCGCUUUGUCCAAAUACUUUAACGUCCGAGUCAAGCAACACGAUUACACUAUUAAACGGUUUGCUUUUUUAUUUUAAAUUCCAGAAGCAGAAGUUUAUGCACCUGUGGAAUCAACUUAAUGCUAGGGCAUUCAAAUUAUAACAAUAGGAUAAUUUCUAUAGUGUCACUUUUUUUUGGGACACCCUGUACAUACAAAAGCGAGAAGUUAUAAACAUUGAAGGUAUUCAUAUAAAACCGCCCAUGCCAAGAAAGUAGAAUUAAAAUAUUUAGCUGACCUUUGUGCAAGGUGUUUGAUAUUCAAAUUGCACUUUUCCUACAUCCUGAACAGGCGUCGCAGAGCAGUGUUUACAUGAUAGAAGGUAGGAAGAUUUGAAAUAAGUCGCUAGGCUAAACGAAAGUUCAAAUGCUGGUUAACAGAACUUAAAUGUUGUAGAGAUGAUCCUGUAAUUCAAGAAGAUUAUUAUUGCCGCUUGAACAACCUUUCGUUUACAGUUAACUAUGAUCUAUCUCUAGAAAAUUCUGACGUUUUUUGCUGAAUCGUGCACCGUGACUAAUUUCAAUGCAUCGAAAUCAUCCCACCUCAUAUCUCGUCCUGGAGGAAUUUGCGCAUGGUUCCUUUGAUCCCUUGGGGGUUUUGUUUCCAACUAUAAUCAGCCACCUCCCAUGAAACCUCCAAACAGAAAUAUAGCCAGUUGGUCUAACAAACUUGCCACUCAACCAUAAAAUGUCAUAAUUCAAUACAAAUACAGGAGUACUGCACAUGCCGCUUAUUAAACCUAACUAGUCACUCAAGAACGUAAACAACUGUUUUCGUACUGUUUUGUUGCAUGGUGCUGUGUUCUGACGCUCAGUCGGCUCUGAUAUUUUGACGGUCCAAAUCAGUGGUAAAGAUAUCAAAUCAUUUACAUGCGAUUUUGUUUCCUUCAGCAUUCAAAUAUUCUUCAUUUUUCAAUAAAUUAUGAUGUGUGCUUGUUCUUGAAAUACCAGAUUUGACUUGAUUUCUACGCAUGCUUGGCGAGUUAUAAGGCGAAAACUCCGAAAAAAGGCAGUUUUACAAUAAAAAUAUAUAGUCAGUGGUGCCUAAAUUACUUUGAAUUUGUACUCGAGUAAAAGUAGAAGUAAUUAAACAAUAAAACGACUUGAGUAAGAGUAAAAAGUAGUGGAAGCAAAACGUACUUAAGUAAAAAGUACAAAGUAUCCUUAAAAAAUACUUGAAGUACAAAGUAAAAGUACUAUUGUCUGUAGCGUGUAGAGGGGGAGGGGGACUUCUCCAAUGGAUUGACAUACAAAAGACACAAAACAGCACACGCAUAAUAUGCGUGCACCGAAUAUACAACAUUUCACGGCAUGGUCUACUUUCCAGACCCCGUUGAAAGUAAGUCACAAACGAGAGAUCCCAGACGCAUGCACUGAGAGGUCGUAUUACCCAUCCCAAAACUAAAAAUAAAUCUGAUAUAAAUCACGUAAAAUUAAACAAAAAUUAGAAAGUAACGAAAUACUUCGCCACAAAAUGAAAAUAAGGAAGUAAAACGUUACUUCUUAAAAUGACUUCGUUCCAAGUAAAAGUACUUCAGAAAAAGUUUACUUUGUUACAUGCUCACUUCUCAAAAAUAGUACUCAAGUACAGUAACGAAGUAAGUAUUCACUCCUCAACUAGGGCCAUUCAACAUGGCGGCCUGUCUCAAAACAUGACGUACGUCCGGCUUCAAUUUUUAUUGGCGCUAUCUUUUACGAUGCCCUAUCACUGAUAUAUACUGAGACUGGAUAGUGCAUCGUAAUAGAAGACCUGCCUCGUACCCGAGCGUCUCUUUGUAAAAAUUUGUGAUGCGCAUAUGACGAGUUUACAUGAAGUAUUGUAGUGGGGAGAGAUGCUAGAUGGGCGAAGGGACUGAUGUGAAGAGUGCACUUGACCCAGCACGCAUCCUUCCCAACGGCCCCUUCGCGCUUCGCCUGCCUACCUGAAUACUUCAUGUAUUAUAAUUAUUUAAAGCGCCUGGGUACGGGGCAGAUAGAAGGCCCUAAUAAAAAUGAAGCCGAAAGUACGUUUGUUUUGAGACCGGCCGCCAUGUUGAAUGACCCCGCUUGAGGAGUGAAAGACUAUACAGGGUGUAUCAAAAAAAGUAAGACAAUUUUGAAAUUGCUCUCAAUUCCACAAUUCUGUUCAUGAAAUGUAAUUUUUUAUAUGUAUGGAUUGCUUGAGUUCUUAAAUUAUGGAAAAUAUAAAAAAAUUUGAAAAUAUUAAAUUUUGCUAUCCAGCGGGGUGGUCAACUUUUGCUCUCCUAAAAGUGGCUUGCGCACGGAAAUGACAAACGGUAUUCUUUACUUGAGUUCAUGUAUGAAAAGUUCGCUAUUUGUUGCAUUUAUGAUAAAAUUUCGGCAGGAUUUUACCGAGUACAAAUCCUCCGAAAAGCCUAUGAAAACGUUACAUUUUUCUCUGUUGGUGCUGUUCUUGCUUCAUUAUGAAUUCAUUUUUACUCCCAUGAGACGUUCUGUGGAAUUUCCAUGGAAUUUGUGCUUUCGAGUUGUUUGUGCUGAAACGCAUUCUCUCGUAUAAUACCCCUUACACUUUGAAAUGGCGAUGCCACAAUUUACCCCGCAGCAGAGAGCUUUUCACGCCUGGCAUUUUUGCACGCGAAAUUGCACAUUAAAAUGUGUCCAUUUUUUUCGUUGCCGCGCGACAAUUUUGGGAGCUUGGUAGCGAAUUUGAUAAUUGAAAAAUUCCUCAAAUUCCGCGAGCGCGUGCUUUUUGCGCGUUUUCCUUGAGGGUUAUUUAAGGUAAACAGGGAAACAGAGCGUGUCUCGGGGAUCAAAAUGAUAUCAAGAUUUAGUAAGGUUUACUGUGUAUUCCAGCUGGAUUUUCGUGCCAAAAUAGAUUUUAUCAGCCAACUUUGUCAAUUUUGGGGUGCUGAUUUCAAAAAAGUUAGGUACCAUUUUUUUCUUCCACGUCAUCAGUAAAAAAAUUGAAAUUCAAAAUAGCGGCCAUUUUUUUUCAAAAUGGCGUCCAUUUUUUAUUAUGUUUUGUUCUAUAAUUUAGCUCAUCGGCACCGUAGAACAACUAUAUUGUCCAUACUUGUUAAUUUUGAGUAUAAAAAAGUUGGUUACAGUUCUUUUUCCGAUUGCCUCUUCAAUUAAUUUAAUAAUUCGUUUGGUUUUAAGAUGGCGGCCAUGUCUUUUUUCAAAAUGGCUACCCUGUUUCAUUCACUUUGUGUUUAUCUCAGUUUGUAGGUACAUUGGAAAGCAAAUAUGCUGGAAAUACGCGUAGAGAUUCUUAACACAACUUCUUUAAUAAAGCUUACAACAUAUACAAAAUAGUUUUGUUUUAAUUUAAUAUGUCCAUCUAUCCUGUUUAUUCAUCAAUGUCUUCAUCCUGAUCUGGUACGUCAAAGUCACUAGCGUUGCUGCAGUCACCACAUUUGCAAAGUGGUGUCCAGGGUAAGUUAUUCUUGUCGCAGGAGCAACGAGCUGUACUGCACUCACUACGACAUCCGCACUUGACAAGCUCUACAACCGACUCAGGUGCUGGUGGUUCAAGACAUUUCUUUGGAGAAAUUGUGCCAUCGGAUAUUGUCUCCCAUCCAUUAUCAGUCAGUAGUGGUGUUUGCGGGCGUGGCUCUCUGUAGCUUUUGUUGAUUGCCGAUAUAGCAUUGGCUCUCUGAAUGUGCGGUUUCAGUGCUCCAAGUGUGGGUGGCAACUUUUCCGACUCAAGAUUCUUGGUUCUGAAUAGUUCCCAUCUCAGUUCCCCAAGUGUUCGGUAUUUGCUAUUCUUGGCAUACACCUCGCACACAAAUGAUUCUAGAACAUCUGACACGCUUUCCUGGUCAAAAUCAUCCUCGCCAAAUUUCUGAAAAGCAUCAACUGCAUCGGAAUCUGAUUCCAAAGUUAGAUAGUGAUUUAUCCACCUGCUCUUUGAUAUACCUGCAAAUUUCCCUCCCCAGUCAGCACCGCUAAAGGCGUGGAGGCCCAGUAGACCUUUACUUUUCUCGGUUCCAACUGCUUCCCAUCUUGUCCGUAUGUCAAUCGUUCUCUUCGCUUUUCCUUUCCCAGUAAUGAACCGAACAUGACCUGCAAUAUUGUUGGACGAGAACAAGUCCAUCAAGUAUACGAAGACAUCUGUAUCCGGUGAAUACACAUCUAUAUCUCGGGUGUCUCCAUCAGUUUUCGAUGCAUCAAGUACAUGCAUUGGGAUCAAUGUGUCUGCCUCUUCGUGUGAGUGUUCAAUGAUAUUAGGAUCAACGAUAUUCGGUUUGUUGCAAUAUGUCCAGGUUCCAUAGACAACCACUACACUUUUAUUGCUGUCUGCAUAUUCACGAAGUACCGCUUUCCCCAAGUAUUCUGUCAGUUUAGAUUUUGUUUCAAUGUGAGAAAGCAAGGUUUUCAGAGGUACAAGUUUGAUAUUUGUUGCAUCGUUAAUGUCGAACUUCACGGGAUCAAUACCAGUAGAUCUUUUGCUAUGCGUCUGAGCUUUCAGAGAGUUCUCCAAGUAUCUGUCAAAGAUCACGCGUCCUUCCUCAUACCCAGAUAUUAUCUUUUUGAUGCUCCGAACAAAGGCGUUAGCAAAAUCAGAACAAUAUACCAUCAACGGACCUUUCUUGAUAGCUUGGACGAUGGCCAUGGCAUCAAUAAUGCACACCUUGUUUCGACUCUCGACAGUACUGGGUACAUCGAAUGUUGAAUUUUGUUCACUUGAUAGCUCUAUGCUGCACUCUUCAAUGACAUGCACAAAAGAACUCUUGUCUGCUGGGAUAAGAAGAAGACCAUCCGAGGAGAAAAGUGACCUGGGAAUGACAGAAAACUCAUAUCUACCAAUAGUGUCGCUAAGAGAUUGGAUCAUACUUGGCCGUGACUGUUGAACUAAGAGAAAUCUUGUCAAUAGCUGUCGAUCUUCCCUUAACUUUACCAGCUUGUUUCCGACUUUGCAUUGUGUCUUCUUCCUGCAUGUAGUAAAGGUCUUCAGCUUGAUUUUCUUCAUUGGAUCCCAAAUCGACAUCUUUGCUGUGGAUGCAACAACCCGCUCACACACAAAUUCUUCAAAUUUCUCUGUCCCCUUUUCAUCUCUGAGAAGGAUGUCGUCCUUUGCAUUUUCUGGUACCUCCAUAUUAGAUACCAGGUUCAUUAGAUUAAUGUUCUUACGUGAAAAUGGAUUCCCGUCACAAUGUUUGACUAUUCCUUUCUUGAUCAAGCCUGAGUUAUUGAACAUACGAACUGCCAUUGAGCCACUCAGCUGAUAAUGUUCCUUAGUUGCUGGUUGGUCGCUUUUUGUGCAGUAAGAAUCGUGGAAAUCUUUGAUUAGCUUGAUUAACUCAGGGGCAAUCAAGAAAAAUCUAUCAAGUGCACCUGCAUUCUGUGUGAUGCCAGUUAUCCCUCCCGCUACCUUGAGUUCUCUGAUUAGCUGUUCCAAUGUUUGAUCCACGAACAGAUUUGUGAAUGGGAUCCCCGAUUUCGCUACCAUGAAGUCGCCACAUUCCAGUGCCUUCCAGGUUUCCUGGUCAGUGUCCUUAAGCCGCUGCAUUUGGGCAAGAUAAACUGGUACGAGACGAGCAUAUUUGUAAAGAUCAUGCGCAAAAUAGUAUUUGACAUUCUCUUCAAGAGCACCAAGGUGAAGUUCCCACUCUCCCUGUCUGCUUGCUCGAAUUAAGUGAAGCAAACUCUCUACCUGCUUCAUAUAGCUCCGCAGAAAUUGUGCCAUUUCUCCAAGGUCUUGUUCAAGUGAAGAUUGGAACAGUUUUAAGAAGAUUGCACUUACUUCUUCAAAGACCUCUUUCACGUCUUCUUGCCUUGUAUGGAGUUGAUUGCGAAGUUCAUAACAUUUCAGUAUCGUAGAUCCCGCGUCUUGUUGUUGCAAAGAGGCUUCGAAAAGAAGGUCAUAGCAGGCCAUAAUAUUGGUCAAAUGGUACUCUACACCACGCUUAAACCACUUUCCAGUGAAGAUUUGGCGGAUGGUAGAUGGCGAAUAAAGACCAGCUUCAAUGCUGAUAGACUCAAGACCGCUGCCUUCUAGAUACUUUGCGAUGGCAUGAAGAGAAGCAAAACAAGCAUGAAGUUCACCAACUCUCAAAACCCAGUUAGUGUUUUCUGUCGAAGAUUGCAGUUUCAAUGCUCUCUCGUAGAGAUCAAGAUCAAGAGUAAUUAUAGUUUUGUGAUCAGGACCUACCACAAAAGCUGAUAUACCCUGAGCCUGACACAACACCGUGUAGAGAGCUGUAAAAUCUGUUGGAGGUCUCCUUAACAAAGGGGCAACAAUUGAACUCUGUGUUUUCUGUCGAUUCUCUAAGUGAACUUGUGGUGCCGACAUUAAUAAAGAGUUAGUAGCUGCCCAAGUCGGCAUAAUGUCUGUUUUCUCCAGUUUAUUGGAUGAUUGAGAUGUACGCCGUUCGGAAUGAUCUGCAGCUUCAAAUUGUUCACAUGUACUUGCUGACAGUUCUUCAGGGGUAGCAUUUUCUACGAUCGCACUUCUCUCUCUGUGGGAAAACGAUGCCAUCAGCCACGCUCUGUCGUCCACCUCGUAUUUUCUCACAAGAUGAUCAUUGGAGUGAAAGUCGAACUUGUCAACUGUUAUAGGCUUGGCUUCAAUGGAUGUCGGGCUUCUGUAGACUGUGCUAACAUCCACAGAGACAAUUUCAUCGGGGAUACGAAGAGAUUCAUCCACUACGACUCUAGCAGUUUCGUCAUUGUUGCUGUCCUUGUUUUGAUUGAUCACUAGCAUCGUACCAUGAAGAGUGUUCUGACCAUCAGCUGUGUUUUCUAAGAAGUCGAUAUUAUCUGCAGCAAAGUAAAUAGACUUUCCUUUCACAAGAAAAGACGGCAAACAAAAUCCACCUGUUGUCUUCAUCCGCUCAGCCACUCUGCAAGCAAUUCGCUUCUCUAUGUUGAUGACGUUCCUGUAGCUAGAUCCGAUUUGCAGCUGUGAAAGAACAUUUACAAGAUCCUUACUUCUUGUUUUCUUGUGAAUCGUUAAUGCCAAUCCAACAGAGAGAGGAGUUUCAAUGUGACUUCGGAAUCCGGUAUCCGGCUGGGGUUGGUAAGUUAUCUGACGGUCCGUUAAAGUUCUGCAGUAUCUGUUGUGACACAAGAUCAACUGACUUCGUUGAUGCCUCAUAGCGCUUUCCUUUCACAUUUCUAAGUUUUGUGCCAAGAAGAAGCCAUCGUAGAAAGGAGGUCAACAUUGGUGGAGACUGAAAUUCCUUCAUGGACUGGGAUCCUGUAAAUUUCCAGUGAGUAUGUCUUUUGAGCUCAUUUCUCAAUAUAGCAGCUGUCUUUGCGACGCAUUUGAUGUCAUCUUCUUCAUUUUGUUGCUCUCGGAGGUUGUUAACAGCCACUCCAAGUAGCUUUUCGCUGACUACAUUGUCACUUUCAUUGGAUCUAUGUGACUUGACAAAUUUAACAUCUUCAAUGUUUUGAUGGAUAAUGCUUUUCAGAUGCUUUUUAUGAUGGCUGGAACCUGGAUCUACCUCAUUUUCA